AUGAUCAAACUAUCUCUUCGAUACUGGGUUUUGCGACUUUUUUCAUUAUUCUUCCUCACUUAUUUUUGUAAGGCAGAUUUAAGACAUGGCUACUCAAUGCUACAGUACGGACACAGGUUGGGCAGAAGGAUGAUAACGUCGUAUGAUGGAUAUAGUAUUCUGGAUUGUGUAGAGGAAUGUCUGAGAACAACACGAUGUCGGUCCGUCAACUACCACCAGGGAGCCCACUUCUGUCAGACCAAUUUUGAAAACAGGACAACUGUACCCGAUCUGUACAUAGAGAAGCCUGGCUGGAUAUACAGCGAUAGAAAAGACUGGGACAAGGAAAUUGCUGGAGCGUGUUCGGUUUCAAACUGUGCCCUCAAUGAAAAGUGCAUCCCCAAACCUUUUGGACAGUAUACAUGCGUCCUGUCAGAUUGUGGAAUUCCAAGUAACGAAGGUUUCUCUAUGAAAGAGAUACAAGAAUGGGAUGCCAUUGGAAUAGCAAGAAUAAUUCAUAUCAGAUGCGCUAUCGGUUACAACCAACAAGGGUCUGAGGUCUUUGUGUGUAGAUCCAACGGAUCUUGGAGGACGGAUUUAAACUGCACCUUAAAAACAUGUCCAGCCAGGUACACGGAAAUGACGUCAAAUGCUACCAAAACCUGUCUACAAUUUGUUGACACACCUACAAAUUAUCUAAAUGCAACGAUCCACUGCAAAAUGGAUGGUGGUGAUUUGGUUAAGCUAGACACCAAACCAUUGAAGAAUAUCUUCUUUGAAUUUAUCGAUGGUUACAUUGAUAAGACUGCAGAAAACAACAUAUGGAUUCAGGGUGAAAAAGAUGGCGAAGGUAUUUGGAGAUUUCAUGACGGUUCAAAUCUGCCGGACUUCUUGAAAAGAGAUAUGAUUGAAACAGACUUACCUUACGAACUUCAUCUGAGAUAUGUUAUUGACAAACAGCAAUUCUGGGAUGGACAGGCAAAAUUCGCAAAUAGCUUCAUAUGUGAACACAGAAUUUACUAAGUUCUUUUAAAACACAUGAAAAUACAAACAAUUUCCGAAAGGAAUGUUUUUCUUUUUAAUUAUUCAAAACUGUCCAUAUUUGUUUGCAUUUACAUUUUUGUUCAAAAUAGAACUCUUUUAAAUGAUGGUAGUAAUUUAUGAUUUUAUAGUAAGUGUACCGUGGAUGUGUAGUUGGGGACAGUAUGGAAGACGCGAUUAUAUCACACGGUUUUUGGAGUGUUAGAUGAAAUUCUAGCAUGCACAAUGUGUCCUUAUGUUUUGUCACAUGGUACACAGGAUGAAGCUCUGCCAUUAGGUCACUGAAAUGUCUGGAAACGUGAUUUAAUUGCAUAGUUACAUGUAUUCAGUCACGUAUAAAUUAUUUUUUAGUCACCUUUAAUUUAACUGAAUGGCAGAGAUUCAUCCUUCAUCCUGUGUUAGGGAUCUAUUAUUUUCCGAAUAGACGAUAUACUUAUAUGUACACUGUUUUACGAGACUCAAAUAUACAAUCCAGAACUGAUUCAG